GUUAUGUUUUAUACACGAUGUAAUAUAUACGAUCUCUUUACCGCUAGAGCUUUUAAAAGAUAUAUACAGUUUUUGUUCAGUUCAGAAGCUGACUUGACUGCAGUACUUAGAAGAGGCCCUUGGGUGUUUAAUGACUGGUUUGUUGCUUUACAAAGGUGGGCAGAUUUUCCUAGGGAUGAUUUCCUUACUUUUAUUGACCUUUGGGUACAGGUAAGAGGUAUCCCUUUGCCUUAUGUAUCUGAAACAGUCGUUCGGUUCAUUGCUAAUACUCUUGGUGAAGUUGUUAAUCUGGAUUUCAAUGAAGAGACUACUACACAAAUUGAGUUUAUCAGAGUUCAGAUAAGAAUUGAAAUUACAGAUCGACUUCGGUUUUUUAGAAAGAUAUUCCAGUGGCUCCUGUUUGAGAAGAAGGAGGAGGCUCCAAUACUCACCACUUACAUGAAGAGAGUCAUUCAUAUCAAAGUUCUGAGUUAUCUUCAUACUCUCCUAUAUCCCAGCCACCGAGACCUUCUACUCCUGAGCCUAAUUUGGAGGAGUUUCUAGCUGCUAAUCCUUUCCAAAGUUUCCAGUCCUUAAGCUAUCCUCCGUGCAAGUCCCACCUGCCUUUAAUGUGUCUGAGGGAGUGAAAGCAAAAGGAACGUUUGAAAUAGGAGAGAACUCUAAACGAAAGAAAGGAAAGCAGAUUCAAGUAGAGCCUGCAAGAAAUACUCGUCAUUGUAGGAAGGAUCCGGGAGUGAGGUUCUAUUCGGUUGAUCAUGAGCCUACAUGAAAGUCUAGUAACAAGUUAACAAUCUCAGAGAUUAUCAGACUCUUCUCUCUGAGAUUUCACCUUUUGAGUUAAGUUUUCUUAGUUUGCUUAAACAAUAAUCUCCACCUUGUAGAAUAAGGUAGUGAGUCGUUGAUGCACCUUUUGGUGCCAUGGUUCUUGUUAUCGUGAUGAAGGAUAAAGGUCGUGGAAGAAAUUCAGAUAGACCUUUGGCUGAAAUUUUUUGAAGACAGUGAUAUGGUGUGUAAGACUCACUCAUAACACAAGCUUAUGAUGUAUGCUCUAAGUCCAGAUGCAAUGAUCUUCAUUGGAUGGUUGGUCUUAUUGUGCAAGAUAUGAGGAUGGUCUUACUUCAGUAUCAUGUAACUUGCAGGGGUAGUUCUACUUUAAAGUUGUUAUCUUUUAACGUUUGAUGUAAUAAGUACUUUGACUCUCCAAAAUGGUUUCUCCAUUGAUGGAAGCAGCUGUAGUUUGAUUAAUAUAUAAAAGAUGAACUUUUUGGGGAAAAAAAAAAA